AUGAAUCCGAGGACCGUGAUCCUGUUGGUCUGCGUUUGCGCGAGCGUCGAGUCCACGGGGUUUUUCAGCUUCAAGAAGCUAAGGUCCUACGCGAGGAUCCUCCGCGUGGACGAGCUGCCGAGGAAUGGGACCGGGAAUGCGCUCUGGGACGGGCUGCUCAGGGACUGCGACCGCUCGGUCACGUUCUCCUGCAUACAGAGGAACGCGUACUCUUACCUGGACAACGUGUUCGUGGACAGAGAGAACAUCACUGUGUUCGACGGGCUGGUGCUGAAGAGGAAUGACCUGGAUUACGGCUCUUGCGCCAGGAGAGAGGACGCGGAUCCUCUGGACGAGAAUUUGGUGGAGUCCAGCGGGGCCGGCUGCGACGAAGAGGAAAGUGACCGGGGGAGGGGGUUGGACGAGGAACAGUCACCCCUGGAGGAAGUGACGAACGCUAUUGGAAAGAAGGCGGCGAAGUUCCUGGCGACCAGGGAUUACGAGAUUCAGCUGCCCCAGUUUUUCUUCGAGGGAGCUGCUGUCAAGAUCAGCCCGAAGGAGGUGGACGAGAGCGGAGCGUUGAUCAGGGUUGACUUCGGGCAGAGAGCUUUGGAGAGCCAGGGGAGGAUUUUCAAGAAAAUUAAGAAGUUUAUACAGAACAAGCUGCUGACUAGCUUCCUGGCGCUGCUGCUGAUCAUUAAGCUGAUCAAGCUGAAGUUCAUGUUCGUGAUCCCGUUCCUGUUUGGCAUCGGCACGGCGAAGAAGCUGUUUCUUAAGCUCCUGCUGUUCUUCAUUCCGGCGUUCGCGCACGUGUUCAAGCUCUGCUCCAGCUACUAUUCGUCGCACUCUACUAAGUACCAUCAUCAUCAUCAUCAGAUCGCGCACCAUCACCACCACGUUCCAGUGCCAGUGCCGGUGCCAGCGUACUACAGUCACCACCACCACCACGACGAGGACCUGGACACCUACGACUACGCUCACCCGCACAUCCAGUACCGAAAGGACGUGGAGGAACUGAAAGAAUGGGGAAUAGAGCCCUACGAGGAGCCAGUGGACCCAGAGCCCAUAGCCUCCGCAGUUCCGGUUCGCGCUCCAGGCGUGCUGCCUGCGCCAUUCCCUGGCCAGGUGUACCCAGCAGGCUACCCCGUCCAAUACGCGAACUCCGCGCCGAUGACACCCACGUUCCCCGACAAACGACCACUGUCGGCUCACAACCUGGCCUACUCGGCCUACGUCGAGAACAGUCGUCGGCAGACGGUGCAGACGCCCGGCGCAGCCGUCAAUGUCAACAACAAUCCCGCCGCCAACGUCGCGACGAACGUCAACGCUGCGAGCGCGGCGUCGUCGCCGGCUGCGAACGCCGUAAAAAGCUCGUACGGUGUUUUCGGGCAGAACACGCGACAGAUUUCCGCGAAGACCGGCCAGGCCGAGGCGAAACCGGGCGGCGCGGCGCAGAGACAGGUCCACGGGGACGAGUUCUACGGGCCGAUAGUGAACAGGCUCGAGGAGAUCUUCAAGCAGCUGAGAUUCUUCGAGGAAACCUGCAGGGAGAGGCUCGUCUGCAGCAUGUACAAGAACCCGGCCGUCUACUCGCCGCACAGCAACCUCGUGUCCAACGAGCUAUCCAGGGACCCGCAGGAGCUCAGGAAAGCCGGGACGGAGAGCUCGUCGAGUCAGAAGUUUCACAGAUACUUGAGCGCUGCGAGAUUAGGUCAAGACGGCGGCGAUUGCCUGAGAAUGUACCCGUGUCACAUAAAUACCGAGUAA